AUGGCAUUCACUAUCCUGUUCUUCUUCACCCGCAAAGCCGGCAUUUCACCGGAGGAGUUCAAAGAGCACCUCGAAAACAUUCACAUGCCUAUGCUACAAGAGGUAGCAGGUCCGCACUUCCCGCUAUCACACAGACGGCACUAUAUCCAACGCACUCAGGGCCAAGGCGAGGGUACAACCCGGAAUGCCUCAACUCCGGCUCAAAUUCUGCUCGGGUCCCAAGCUGACUUUGACUACGACGUUGUCUCCGAGCUGACAUUCCAGGAUGCUGCGGCCUUCCAGACUUUCAUGGCGUUCUCACAUACCCCUGAGAAAGCCGCAAAGGUUGGAGCUGAUCAAGAACUCUUCCUCGACCGCUCCCAGUUGCGUGCCGUUGUUGUAGGCGAGACCGAAGUCACGAAGCGGGAAUAG